AUGUUUGAUAAGAUGGCCUACAGAUGUGUUUUAAUUAUUCUUCUGUUUAAUAAUUUGUAUUUCUCGUCGGCCGCCGCACACGGACAUAGUGUUGAUAACUUGGAGCGCGAAUCUGACGGCAGCUACCGGUCCAGGGACCACGAGCACUAUGGAGACUCUGGGCACAACACGGAAUUUGAUCACGAAGCCAUUUUAGGCAGCGUGAAGGAGAGCGAGGAGUUUGAUCGUCUGAGCCCUGAGGAGGCAAAGCGGCGCCUGGCUCUAAUGCUACCCAAGAUGGAUCUCAACAACGAUCAGAACAUUGACCGAAUUGAACUUAAGAAAUGGAUUCUAAACUCUUUUGUGAAGCUAUCCAGAGAAGAGGCAGAAGAACGUAUGUCAGAAGCGGACGAGAACCGCGACGGGUCUGUGACUUGGUCCGAGUACCUGCAAGACGCGUUCGGAGUGGACACCGAGGAGGAGGUCGGACCAGAAGACACGGGAGACUCUGGCAUGGUACGGCUGUUACAAGAAGAGAAAGCGAUGUGGUCGGUCGCCGAUAAGAACGGCGACGGGAAAUUGAAUCUUGAUGAAUUUGAGGUGUUCACGAAUCCGGAGGAGCACUCCGAGAUGCACGAGUUCCUGGUGCAGCAGGCUCUGCGGGAGAAGGACGCCAACCGCGACGGCAGCGUCGACUUCAGCGAGUUCAUCGGCGACAGAGGCUCGCAGCAAGACAAGGCGUGGGUGGUGGCCGAAAAGGACAAGUUCGACCACGAGCUGGACCUCAACGGGGAUGGGACGCUGGACGCGGCGGAGGUCCGCGCCUGGGUCAUCCCUGACAACGAGGAAAUAGCUGACGAGGAAGUGGAGCACUUGUUCGCGUCGGCCGACGACGACCACGACAACGUGCUGUCGUUCGAGGAGGUGCUGCGGCACCACGACGUGUUCGUGGGCAGCGAGGCGUCGGACGCCGCGCGCGACCUGCUCGGGGAACACUUCGACGACGAGCUGUGAGCGGCCCGCGCCCGCCCGCCUAACUCCAUUUCAUCGUUUUAAUCUCAAUUAUAUUUAACUAGCGACCCGCCCUCGCUUCGGAAACUGUAAUUUAUUAUUGAUUUCUCCACUAUUUAAUGGAUGUUAUUAUACAUAUAAACCUUUCUCUUCAAUCACUCUAUCUAUUAAAAAAAACCGCAUCAAAAUCCGUUGCGUAGUUUUAAAGAUUUAAGCAUACAUAGGGACAGAUAUAGGGACAAAGAAAACGACUUUGUUUUAUACUAUGUAGUGAUAACAAAAACCAUCCGAACAAGAAGCCGUAUGCUUAGUGCGAGUUUUUUAACGUUCUCGAUAGCGUAAAAGUUAGCUCAUAUUUGUAUGGAUCGUCGUUUGCGUACAUUUGCCGUUAGGGGCGCUGUUCCAACUGCAUACGAAAUUGGGUUAACUUUUACGCUAUCGAGAACGUUAAGAAUCUCGCACUAAGCACACUGAAAUAAAAAUGUCGUAAAACUGCUCUCUGCACUACACAGCAUUGCAAUAGAAAAUAAAUAAAUCUUAUUACAAAAUCGAUUGCUAGAAACGACUUGUUGUUGUAUUGCUUUACUAGAGUUGUGCCUAGUGUUGUACUAUAGUCGACGCAUUAUGAACUGAGGCUUGGGGUCAUAAAUCAUAUUUAUCUGUCUGCCUCACUCGCACUUAGAGGUAUUAUAGAGAGGUGUAGUGAUGUGCGUAAGAACUGUAGAGGUGCAUAUCGAUAACGGGAUAGGUACGAUCGAUAUUAUGUUAAGUAUCAAUAGGAAUAAUUUUUCGCUAUCUGAAAAUAAAAGUUUUUAAUUUGUAUGUGUGUUGAUAAAUUGUUUGUUUCGACGUAAUCAUAGAGAAACUUUAUAGAUCGUAAUGGUCACGAUAACGCAUCGACCCCGCGUGCACAGGGAGCUAAGUAUCGAUAACCGGUUGCAGUGCGUGCACAUUCCUACUGUCAGUGACAUUUAUUGCCUUAUUGACUCAGUUUAAAAUGCGUCGACUAUAGCGCGCUAAAACACACCGUUCUGGCAACGCUCUUGGUAAUUUGCAACAUUUAUAGCCCAUAUUUGCCCACUGCUGAACGCCCAAAUCUUUCCCAACGCCCAGUGUGUGAUUUCAGUAAAUACUUUAAAAUUAAAAGCUGAUACCGCCCAGUGAUCAUACUUUCGUAACGAAGAAUAUGUUCUUACAAUUUUACUAAUAGGUAACGUUUGACAGCCGUCAAGUGUUUGACAAAUACAGACAGACAGACAUCACCAGUUUGUUAACUGAACCAUAAACUUGUUCAAAGGCUAGAUGACUGUUAAACGGGUCUAAAUCUAAUAGAUAUUAUUCUAGAAAGUCUUAGGAUUCAAAAAAUUACAGCUGGUCAAUGAAAUUGCAUAUAUCGCACCCUUAAAAUAUAAAUGACACUAUACGAAAAUGUUCAUUUUACAGUAUGGCCGUUUUAAACAUAAAAAAUGUAAAUAAAGCUUCGUGAUCGGCUUAAAAUAACAGUUUAACUAACGCUGUUUCAGAAUCCAGUGGCGUACCAUAAAAUUAUUGAUUAUAUAUCAAUGGAGAAGCAUUUUAAAAAAAAAGUUUUGUAUAGUGUCGGUUAUAGUUUGAUAGUUAUUCAAUAAUUUUUGCUUAAUGACCUCUAAUUCGUUAUUUUACCUACAUUUUAAUGAUACAAAAGAGACAAAUAAAACAAUAUAAUUACUGAAAUAUUAAAGAAUACUAUUUAUUUGACACAUGCUCACAGUUUUAGGUCAAAACUACCGCAAAUAAUCAUAAUAAAAAAUCUGUCUAAAUCUAGACAAAGAUAUUGUCAAAAAAACUGAAACUUAGGAUUUGUGUUUGAAUAAAGUUCGUAAUUUUAUCAUAAUUAACAUUAUAUUAGAAUCUUGUUCUUACUACUUACUAAUCAAUACAAAUUAAUAGAGGUAUUCCGAAUUAAAUACCAAGGUUAAAAGUUUUUCAAAGUAGGAACUGUACAAGUUACGUAUAAAUAAGCGUAUUAAAGGCUUAAUCAUAAGAGUCAGCAAAAAUAUUAUUUAUUAUAACUUACAGUAGGUACUUAACUUAAAAAUAUUGUUUUUCACAAAAAACCGUAAGUAAUUAUAAAAAUUAUUGUAUCAACAUCAUGUAGGUAGGUACAUCCUAUAAAAUCUUGUAAAACUGAAUUUAAAACUGAAUUAUGUAAGAACCUGUCGUCUUUUAGCAAUUCGGUGUUUAAACAUCAAGUUCUAGAACCGAGAAAAAUAUUAAUAAAGUGACAGUAACUUAAAAACAUUUCCGCACAAAAAUCCGUAAAAUAGAUCACAAAAAAACACCUAUCAAAAACCUCUUCUUACAAAUAAUAAUUAAUCAACUACAUUUUUAAAGGGUGGACACUACCCACCUAGUUCAAAACUCUGUCAAAGUAGGAAUUGUAAAAGUUGGGUAUCAAACCAGCAUCUAGAAGGCUUCUCACGUCACUCUUCUUUCUUUCGGAUAAAUCUAACUUUUGGUUAUACAAAUGUUGCAAUUCUUCAGUCCUCUGGUUCCUUGCACUGGCUCUUUUAGAUCCCAGAUUAAGUUCUUUGAAAUCAUCAAUAUAGGAUGUUUUGUAACAAAAUUUUACCUUAUUAUCUUCAACUUUCACCACUUUGAUGACUUUUAUAUCAGACACCUUUACAAGCUCACUUUCAACGCUUUUGUUCAGUCUAGGAACGGGCAGUUGUUUGAUGUCAAUGAAAUCGUUAUAAGCCAUUUCGUUUACUUUGAAUGGUGUGCCAUGUUUUUUUGCACUUCUGAUGUCGGUUACGUACUGGGAAGGCACAUAAAUGGGUCCAGAUUUAAGUAUUAUUUUCAUUUGUUGCUCAAUCGUUGAAUGUGCUGCAUCUCCUUCGUUCUGUGUGUGUCCACGGAUUUAAAACUUGUGUUAUAGAUGUUACUUUUCAGUAAAGUGCACAUCAUCGGUAUGUACAUCUAUGCAAGAUGUACAUACCGAUGAUGAAUUGAUUUUUCUGCUGGCCGCAGCAGUUAUCUGCAUAGAAAACAAAUCUAUGUUUUUGUCAGCUAAAGAAGAUUUUUUUGCAAGUAUUUCAAGACACAACUGCCUAUUUCAUUUGCUCCACGGUUACCUUGCGAUUCGUCCCAGAAAAAAACAUUCAGUAUUAUGUCUUGCAAGCUCAGAGAUGGUAAAAUUCAAACAAUUUAUCUUUGACUUGUAGAAGACAGAAAACAAAAUCCUAAUUAAAGUUAUUAAAUAACUGACGUUAAACUCAAACUGCCACUUAUGCACUUACUCACUGUAAAUAUUCGAAAGUAUAUUUAUUUAAUAAGUGACACUUGACGAAAUAUGCCAGUUUUUUACUCACCUCGACAAGGGAUCCCUCCGGUGACUUGUCGCGAUCUGGCAUAGUGCCGGUUUAUUAAUUACCGACCGUGCAAGUUGUUACAAAUUCAUAAGUGACACUAGCAACAUCUAGCGAAAAUUAAGCAUAUUAGAGCUACAGGGGGUCUUUGCAUUAGGCGCGUUUCGUCUUACGCAUUUUGACACUAUACUUAACUAAAAAAAGAACAUUUUUUGUAUAGUGCCAUUUAUGUUUUAAGGGUGCGAUAUGUACUUAAAAAAAAUUAAAAAAUAAUAAUUAAGCUUUUAUAGAAAAUCCAACUACAAAAUAGAAAAUAAAUUUUAAUCAAUUUAAUUAAAAAUAAUGUAAGAAAAAAUGAUUUUAUUGUAAAAAAAAGCGUGGGGUGCUUUUCAGGAUAUUAUCAAAACAAUCUUCUAUUCAUAUCUGUUCAUAAAAUAUUUAUAACUACUGAUACCAUGUACCCCACGCUUUUUUUUACAAUUAAAUAGUUUUUUCUUUAUUUUAUUAUUUAUUUUUCACUUUUUAGUUGAAUUUUAAUUUUUUUAAUAUGGAAUUGUCAUCGGUCCUAAUAAGUAUACCAAAUUUCGAGUUAAUCCGACGUUUUGAAGGGGGUGAAAAUCAUGUUCAAAGAUUCAGUUACUAACAUACAUACGUCUGAAGCUAAUAAAAGCGUAUUUAAAUGUCUUCUAUAGACUGGUAGUGUUACAUUUCAAGGUUCAGAGGAUCAUUUUCAAUGUUAGUCAUGCUGUCAGAGACAAUUUCAUUCGUGUCGUUCGUGACGCUCGGUAUUAAGACGCCUUGUGUUCCCCUCGUCCCAUGCGAGAACUCACUUUUCUUCGUUGUUGUUGACGGGAAACGAGUUUACGACAGUCGUCCGUGGACAUCAGCAACGCCAGAAACACAACAAAGCCGCUGCGUACCGCGCACUAUUUUCAAAACUAAUUUUAAGAGGAACACGCCAUAGAGUUCACGUACCACCGAGAGGAGAGGCUCAUCCCAGAGCGUCGGGGGGCGCGGGGGGACGAGGGGUGCAGUGGUAAUGCGGAGAGGAUGUAUCGUGUAACAAAUUCUCGAAUAUUUGAUACUUAACAUAAUUAUUUUAACUAAAUAAGAAUGUAUUGUCGAGUCAUUCUACUUUUAGGUUCUAAUUAAAUGUACUUUAUGAAUAAGGACUUUGAUAAACUUUUUAAAAUGUAAUUGUUUUAAUAUUGAGAGUGUUGUAUUGUGAUUGAUCAGAAAAUGGGAAACGGUAUUCUUUUCUAUCAUACGAGCGUCGAGCCGUAUCGCCAAAGGCAUUGAUAAGUCACUACCGAUAAAUACAUGUAUAUAUUAUAAUAGUCUCUUUCUGUCGCGAAGUAGUCAUGCAUUCUGGUUUGAAGGGUAGCAGCGCAGCUAUUAUACAUUUCAAUUGAGACUACGACCUCAUGUCUCAACGUAGGUGGGGGCGUUGUGAUGUGUAUAGGCUCGGAAACCACCUUACACCAGGUGGGUCACAAGUUCGUUCACAUAUUUAAGCAAUAAAUAAAAAAUAUUCCGAAACAUUUGUCAACAUUCUUAUUUCGUUUACACAGCCUUCUUUAUUCAUUAACAUCGGUAAUUAAUAAUAUAUUAAUACAUUUAAGCCAUUAUUUUAAUUUAAUUGCUUUACAUAAAUACAUUUAAGCCAUUAUUUUAAUUUAAUUGCUUUACAUAAAUACAUUUAAGCCAUUAAAGUUCUUAAAGACGUUUUUUAUGGGCUGACUAAUAACUGAAAUUUUUUUAAAAGAGCCCUUUGAACAUUUCUUGAUACUUGUUUUUUUUUUAAAUAUAAAAUUACGAAGUGAGGUGGAAAAUCUAUGAAUGAAUGUUUAAAAUAUGCAUUUCUUAAAAUUUAAGUUAGUUUUAUUAAUUUAUAAUUAUUGUGCACCAAUGUCUAACGCAGUAGAUGUAGUACUAGUCAACUACUUAUGAUUCGCAACGUGCAAGCAAAUAAACCGAAAUACUAUUAAAACAUUACCCCAUAUUAAUUUUUUUAUUAAAUUAUGAUACAAGAUGGCCUGAAUAAAAAUUGCAGUCAUUUAAAUAUCGAGGAGUAAAAGGUUAUCUAGGUUAAGCGACUUUUUUGAAACUUUAUAAGAGGUACGUACAUUUAAGAUUUGGACAAAAGACCAUGAAAAAAAUGGUGUGAAAAUAAUUGAAGAUCGAUUGACAAUAACGAAUUGUUGCUGCUAACUCCAAAUAAAAUGGACUUUUAAUUACAAAGAUAAAUGUCGCUUUAACCAAAUUUCACCUCUAUAUGGAAAUUAGAAAUUAUAGAAAUCUUAAAACUGUUCCGUGCCAUAAUUUUUUAAUUAAAUAUACAUAAUUACUUAUAAUGUUUGUGAGCACGAGUGGAAUCGUAGAAGGAAAAAAAUAGGAUUAGUGUUGCCAGUACAAAAUUGAAAAUCCACAAAUAUUCUGUAAAAUCAAAAUAAUGUGAUUUUCUUGUUUGGUAACAAAUAUCACAAUCUAAUUAUGUAGAUUGUCGCUUUGUGUGCUAUUAGUGUUCGUAAGUACUUACAGGAGACCAAACACGUUAUCAUGUAAGUAGACUUCUAAUAAAAUAAUAUUUAUUGUA